AUGGAACAUAAACCACUUUCAAUACCAGUUGCUUCUGUGUUUCAUGCAGUCUCUUAUAAGUUUACAACGUGCAUCUCGCUUUUGUCUUUUUUCCUCAUUCUGUUCAUAAAUAUCAAUUUAACUAUUGUUUAUCCCUAUCUAUCUAUCUAUCUAUCUAUCUAUCUAUCUAUCUAUCUAUGUAGAUAUAAGCCAGCUGCUGUUGUUGCUGCUCCAGUUCCUGCUGCGACGGUUGCCGCUGCUGCUGUUCUCGCUGCUGAUCCCGCAACUUUUGUCGCUGCUCCCGCCGCCGCUUCACCUGCUACUGCUGCUUCAGCUGCUUUUCCUUAUCCGGGAGCUACUACUGCUGCUGCUGCUGCUGGAGAGGUGAGGUUGCCACUUUUGCUCUCCUCGUCAUCACUUCCGUCCAUUCGCUACCGGAAGCUUUCUUCGUUGAUUCUUCUCUGGGCACCUCUGAUGAUGGUACCGGUGCCUGCUUCGUCGACGGUGCUGGCUUCUUGCCUCAUUAUUUUCAUGGUGAGGGUGCAUCCGAUCAGCGCCUUUGCAGCUUCCUCCGUUGCCAACAAAAUGUCCCAGCAAGCGUUUGAUCUGCGUGCCAAGACCUUGGCCCCGAUGUUCAAAGCCUUUAGGGCUUCUUCCAUCGGAUCCCUAUUGACCGGUAUGAAUUUCCUGGUCUUAAUAUCGACAGUCAAUAGGGAGAUUGUCCUUGUUGUCACAGUCUCCAUGACCGAAGGCAUUGGUACAAGUCCAUCUUUCGCAAUGAACUCCUUAAACUCUUCGCGACGACUCCUGUAA